GAGUUCACGUACCACGUGGCCUCUAAUCGCUCUUCCUUUCUCACUUCUGAAUAUUAGCCAUGGCGGUUGGUAAAAAUAAGAGGCUUACAAAAGGUGGCAAAAAGGGUCAAAAAAAGAAAGCAGUAGACCCUUUCACGAAAAAAGAUUGGUAUGAUGUCAAAGCCCCUAGUAUGUUUAAUAUUAGGCAAGUCGGCAAAACCUUAGUAACUAGAACACAAGGUACUAAAAUUGCCUCCGAAGGCCUGAAAGGCCGCGUGUUUGAAGUAUCUCUAGCAGACCUUCAAAACGACGAAAUUGCCUUCCGCAAGAUGAAGCUGAUCGCCGAAGAAGUUCAAGGCAAAAACGUUCUUACCAAUUUCCACGGCAUGGACCUGACCAGAGAUAAAUUGUGUUCCAUGGUGAAGAAAUGGCAGACUCUGAUUCAGGCACAUGUCGAUGUACGAACCACUGAUGGAUAUCUGUUGAGAAUGUUCUGUAUCGGUUUCACCAAAAAGAAGCCCAACCAAAACAAGAAGACAUGUUAUGCUCAACAUGCUCAAGUAAAACUAAUCAGGAAAAAGAUGGUUGAGAUCAUCACCCGGGAGGUCACUGCUAAUGACAUGAAAGAGGUGGUCAACAAACUCAUCCCUGAUAGUAUUGGCAAGGAUAUUGAAAAGGCUUGUCAAGGUAUCUACCCUCUCCACGAUGUCUUCAUCAGGAAAGUGAAAGUUUUGAAGAAACCUAAAUUUGAUCUUGGUAAAUUGAUGGAGCUGCAUGGUGAAGGCAAGAGCACAACUGGUGCAUCUGGCACAGAAACUGGGGAGAAGGUUUCCAGACCAGAGGGUUAUGAACCACCUGUACUAGACUCGGUUUAAAUAAUAAACUACCUCGAGGGAGGUGAUUAUUAUUCUUGUAUUUCUUUUAUCAGACACACAA